CUGUUUCGCACAAGCGGUACUAGGAGAAGUAACGGCUGAAAUCAACGUGGGGCUUACGACGAACGUAUCUGUUUGGUCAGUGCUGCGAAAUUUGGCCUUAAUAGGCUAUGGCAGUAGACGACCGAUGCCACUGCCUCCGCUAACAGCACGACAUCGCCUGCAGCGCCUCUCCUGGGCUCGUAACCAUGUCGGUCGGACGCUCGACGACUGUAAAACCAUGGCCUGUUCAAAUGAGUCCCUAUUUACGUUGGUAAGAACUGAUGAUAGGGCUGAGGUAUGGCGCAGACGCCACGGAACCAUCUAACCAAGUUGUCAACAAAGCACUCUGCAGGAUGGUGGUGGCUCCAUAAAGGUGUGAGCUGCCAGACUUGCUAAAUAAAAACUAGACAGCGCAUUGGCGCUAGUGUCGCGUCCCCACACUGAACGUGAUAAAAGCCGCCAUUUUCAGGGAAACAGUGCGUAAACAUGGUUCGUUCGUGUGCUGCUUUUAAUUGUAACAGUAAGAACGGAAGCAAAGACGAAGACGGAAACAAUAUUACAUGUCACAGGUUUCCCCUUACAGAUGAUUUUAUAAAUCGGAAAUGGAUAGCUGCUACUCGGAGAGAGAACUUCCAACCGACAGCAGAUCAUUUGCCGUGCUCUCUUCAUUUUGAAGAGAAUUGUUACAUGGAAAAUUAUGUAAAUAGACGUCAACUGAAGGACGAUGCUAUACCGACAGUAUUUGGAUUUGCAACUCAUUUGAAAAAGGUUACCAAGGCAAGGAAACCUCGAAAGCCAAAGCCAAGAAAUGUUGAGACAGCAGAAAACGUGUGUGUGGAUGUGCACGUUUCUGGUUACACUGGAGACCACAAUUAUUCAUUUCCAUCAAGUCCAAGUAAGCUGAGGGAAAAGUUCGAAAAAAUUGAAGAAAGGGAGGAAGCAAAAAUUGGGCAAUGUAUGCUGAUGCUGGCCAAGACGACAACGCCCUACCGCUGCAGCCGCCGGGUGAAAACGCCUCGCAACGUCAAAGGUGUCACCAACAAAUACAAAGGAACAAUCACAACUGGAGAAGCCACAAUCCCUAUCUGUAGAUUUAACUGCUGUCGACGAUCUCAACGAGACCACGCCAAGCACAUCACAAAUUCCAGCAGAAACUGAGACACCCAAAGCAGUACUAAAACGAAAAGUACCUGCAACUCCAUCGCAGCCUUCAUCAUCAAAAAUCAGCGAAAAAGCUCUGCUCGACUCCAAAAUCGGUUUUUUUUUUUUUCAUGUGCGACUGAGAAAUUACAAGCUAUUUCAAAUCGUGCUGCAGUAGUGAACCAAGAGGACUCCUACGACUAUUCCGGAAAGCAUGUUGCGUCAAUGCUACGCAGUAUUGGGCCUCCAGUUGCCAUGAGGCUUCAAGAGUCAAUUACGUCACAAAUAACAAAUGAAGAGCACAAGGAAAAAAUGAUGAUAGUCACUUUUUUGUAACUUUUCAGGACGACGAAUUUUCUGCUCUAGUCUCUUGUAUAUCAUAAACGUUCACCGUAUAAUUAUCACAACAUUUUUAUUGUUCUAUAUCUAUUUGUUUAGGUAAUAAAUGUAAUAAAAUAAACACAUUUUCAAUUUUAAGGUGCUUUAUUAAUUAAAAACUUAAAUAGGUACACAAAAAACAUGGUAAAAGUGAUGGUAGUCAUAAAAAACUUGUGUACUGAUAAGUUUUCAUUACUUUCAAGGUUACACUAUUGUUAUGAGGUAUUAUUCUAUAACCCAAUAUAGGUCUAUAGAUUAUUGAUAUGGGAAAGCAAAGGUAAAGUGUUGAGUCAUUUUCUCUUACCUUGACGCAGAAUUGGUGGUAAAGAGGAGGACGUAUUAUCACCAGGGUCUUCUGUCUCUCUUGAAAGCUUGGUAAGCUGGUGUUGUGUUAGGAUCGGUGACAUAAGAAAGUGCCCAGUGUGAGAUGAUCUGUGUUCAACUAACCUACAAUGGUUUUUUGAAAAUUUUAUUUCGCGAACUGGUCGUGUAGCAAAUAGGCCUUUCUUGUGAUAGUGAUUUUCCAAAAAAACAGUCCAUUUUCGAAAUAGGUUUUGAUCAGCUUCAAUCACAGUGAAAGGCGAAGGCUUUACUCUGGCAUUCUUUAUUUCAUUUACCCAAUGUUCUGGUAUCUCUGCGGGAAAUUUGCCGUUUAAAGGGCCAUAUCUCUAUCGCAUUCUAGGCAAGAGAGGCCGCGAAUAGGGAAUAUGAUUGUUAUGCAGUCUAGUUUUUUUAGGAUUUGUACCACAUAAUGACAGAAGCAAAACAUGGUGUAGUUCUUGUUCUGUCCGCUACAAGAGUCGCAAAAUAUGUACAAGUUUUUGACAUUGGACUGUAACAUGGUGAAGAUAUAAUAGUACAACAUCGAUACUACUUCGUCUGCUCCUUUACCUCCUUCUGUUUCUUGGUAAGCAAGAAAAGUUGCAUUUCCCGUAGAUAGGCUGCGGACAUUUAAUAAAUACAAUGACAAUUGACAGUGGUCAAAUUAGGUAACCUUAAAUUUUUUUUGAACAUCAAUAGUAGGUGCCUCAGUAUCCUCCCUUUUCCUUGAAAUUUUCCUACAUUUUCUCUUUGUGUCAUAAAACAUGUUAGCUUUCCUCAAGUGUAGUUCAUUUUCACAUUGCUUUGUCUUAAUGCUGCUUAAAAUAUUUGCUUUUUCCUUGUCAUCAUUAGUCUGUUCCAGCUGGAGGUUUAGAGCUUUCAUUUCUGCUUGGUACCUGUCACAUGCACUGCAGGUGUCGCUUCUGGGAUAUCUGAAAGCUGUGUUAAACUUAGAUACGAAUAUCUGUCUAUAAUAUUCAUAAGACGCAAUCUUACCACUAGGCCUACUUGUCUUGUACAAUGUGCACAUUUUUUCAAAUUUAAAGUGUCUGGCAAGUAUGUUUUUUUAGUUUUAUCAAAACUAUAAUGGCUUGUACGGCCCUUAAACGAUGCAAUGUGAUCAAUGACACUUUGAUUAACUACUUCUGAGGUCCUACAAUGUUUGUGGUCAUACAUUCCUCUCUUGUCUCUUGGGGGUUCACCUGUUUCUUUCAGACUCGUUUGAAUAGUUUGAACCCUUCUCCCAGUUAAACCAAAAAUAGAC